CAAAAAUCUGUCAAAAAUGAAAUGGCCAAUUUGUUGUUGUUUUCGGAAUUAACCGUAUGGAAAUACACUAGAUAGUACCACGUGACAUCUCUGCGUAUUUGUUCUUAUAUUUUACAAAUAUUUAAAAGUGGGAAAAUCCAUGCGCAGUGGUCGGACUCGGAGCGAUCUCCCAUGUGGAGAAUUUAUUUGUGAUGGAGGGUGCCAUAUUGGUUUUGUCUCUAUAGACGGGCACCCGCUCUCUCGUCAAUGGCGCUGGUAUCAGGCUUGACAUAUCAUUUCGGUCAUGCUUCCCGUCUUGUUCAUGGACUUUGCAUACAUACAUGCACAGUGCGCGUGAUAAAAACAUACACCCACUUGUAAAGUGUAAGAAUCAGAAUGGAAGGUGUAAACACUGGAGUACUCGUCACGAAUGAAGAAAGGAAUAUGUGCAAAAACCGACACGAUAGCACCAAAACAUGCAAGGGCGUUGAAAGUAUAGAUUCGGAUCAUAGCGAGAGUUGCACUAUUUGUCUCAAAAUACUGUGUGUGGGAUUAGUUUUCGUUAUUCUGUGCCAAACGUACAGGUGUCUAACCAGCACAGACAACAAUCUACUGCAGCCCUCCAACCCAGAGUCAAUAGAGCUCGACUUUUCCGUUUCACCCCAUCAAAAUGACGGAAGUCUUAGGCAGGUGCUGGAACUCAAAAACGCAUGGCCACCUAUCCCUGGUCAUGACGUCAGGAGACCAAAGCUAUUCGACGGAUUUUGUACGCUAGUUCCAGAUGAACUAAAGUUUGAAUGUGAUCCAGAGGAUGAAAGGAACAAGACCACAUGCGAAGGUCGAGGAUGCUGUUGGCUCCCUCUAGUGGAGCCAAAUGCGGCGCGGAACGUCGUACAAACGACCGAUAAAUUCACGGGCACCGUGAUCGAGGUUACACUACGUGGUACGGGCGUUCCCUCCUGCUAUUACCCGUUAGUCUACCCUGGCUACAGACUAACCGAUCUAGUUCGUAAGGAGUGGGGAUAUUCGGCGACACUGUACAGAGACGUUCCAUCCUACCACCCUGAUGACGUCAUGGAGCUUGCAAUGGAUGUGAUGUUAGAGACGAAAACUCGACUUCACUUCAAGAUUUAUGAUCCGAAUGAGAAAAGGUAUGAAGUUCCAAUCGAGACACCGCGUGUCGCGAAGGCAGCGAAUGUCACAGACUACAUCGUCACAGUCAGGAAGAUGCCUUUCAGUUUCAAAGUUACGAGGCGAUCAACACAGACUGUCCUAUUUGACACCGGAGUAGGAAACAUGAUCUUUGCUGACCAGUUCUUGCAGCUGUCCAGCAGACUGCCCAGUCACGCCAUCUAUGGGCUCGGGGAACAUCAAGACAGCUUCAUGCUGCCCACUAACUGGUCAAGGUUUGCCUUCUGGAAUAAAGGAAACGCUCCCAACCUUGGAGAUUUGAACCUGUAUGGAAUGCACCCGUUCUAUCUUGUCAUGGAAGACAAUGGAGACAGUUUUGGCGUAUUACUACUGAAUAGUAAUGCCAUGGAGAUGGUACUACAGCCGACACCAGCGAUAACAUUUCGCACCAUCGGUGGUAUUUUUGAUUUCUACCUCUUCACGGGCCCCGAUCCAGCAUCUGUUAUCCAACAGUACCUCGAUGUGAUUGGUCGCCCAGCCAUGCCACCAUAUUGGGCACUUGGGUAUCAUCUUUGUCGAUGGGGCUACGAUACUGCAUUGGACAUGGGGGAAGUGAUUAACCGAAUGAGAAAAUCAGGGAUUCCAUACGACGUUCAAUGGAAUGAUCUUGAUUACAUGGACAAGGAGCUUGACUUUACGCUGCGCAAGCCGUCAUUCACCCAGCUUCCCUACCUGGUGGGUGACCUUCAUAUGCAAGGUCAACGCUACGUCCCCAUCGUGGACCCAGGCAUCAGUGUCACCCAAGGACGAGGGAACUAUCCUCCAUUCGAUGAAGGCGUUAACAUGGAUAUCUUCAUUAAGAACGCUAGUGGAUUGCCAGUGAUUGGAACAGUGAGCAUCCUCUCGUUCUCGCUGUUUGGUAUGCCGCUGGUAGGAGCAGAUAUCUGUGGCUUUGCACACGACGCCACGGAGCAGCUAUGUCAGCGAUGGACCCAGCUGGGAGCCUUCUAUCCAUUCGCAAGGAACCACAAUGCCAAGAAUUCUCAGGCACAAGAUCCUACUGGGUUCGGAGCAGCAAUGCAAGGUUCCGCCCUGAAAAGUUUGCAAACUCGCUAUCGCCUCUUACCGUAUCUCUACACUCUAUUUCACCUCGCUGCCACCAGGGGAGAAACGGUGGCUAGGCCAUUGAUGUUUGAGUUUCCCAAGGACAGUAAGACAUACAGCGUUGAUGAGCAGUUCAUGUGGGGUGCAGCUCUCCUCAUCUCACCAGUUCUCAAAGAGCACGCUACCAGCGUGAGGGCGUACCUUCCACGCGGCAUCUGGUACGGAUUCUACUCUGGCUUCUCUCUGCCGUCUAAUGGCAGCUAUGUUAACGUGGACGUGCGAAUGGAUGAGACGUGCCUGCAUGUACGGGGCGGUCACAUACUGCCCACACAGGUGCCUGCUAGCACGACCACGGAGAGUCGACAGAACAAGUUUGGCUUGCUAGUGGCGCUAUCUGAGCGUGGCGAGGCUGAGGGUGAAAUGUUCUGGGACGACGGGGAGAGCAUGAACACACAUCACACCGGCGUCUACAACGCAAUACGCUUCAACGCGACAAAGAAUUCGGUCGCGUCUUGGAGCGUCCACGCCGGCUACAGUUCGUUGAUGGUUCUCGGAUCUAUAGACGUGUUCGGUGUUUGUGAACCUCCCUCAGCAGUGUUCGUCAACGGUGCCGAGGCGAAGUUUAUCUACAGUAGCUGGAGCAAGGUUUUACAUGUUGAGGAUAUGGAUUUGGACUUUCUGCAAAAGAUCACUGUUAACUGGUCAUAGCCUGGCAGCAGUCAAAGAGAAUUAAUUUUAUAUCUCACUCCAUCAAUACUCCUGAUUUCAUAUAUUAUAUGUAAAAAAUUAAAUUAAAUACUAGCUCACUAAAUUAUUUACAAUUCUAGUUAUAUAAUACCAAUUUUUUACCAAUAUUUUACACAUGGUCCCUGUGAAUUGUAUUCAAUCUUAACUAUACAGUUGUUUGAUUUAGGUAUGAUUUCUAAUGAGUAUAUCAUAUUGAUUAGGCGAUGAUCUUGGGAUAUGGUUGCAACAUAAAUAUCUGUGAUAUCUAUUAGUGAUGAUUGUGAGUAUUAUAAUCAUCUGUGACAAUAAUAAAAUAAUGAACACGUUC